CAACCCCAUCCGCAGCCACCCGCCGCGGCACCCCCCCACUACCACCCGCCGCCACGCCAUGCAGAUGCAGCAGACCCUCACGCUGCGGGGCGUCCCCUCCGCCCGCCGCGCCGCGCCGCCGCCGGCCAGCUCCGCCCACCUCGGGUCCUCUCCCUGCCUGCUGCGGGUCCCCCGCUCGCUCCGACGACGGAGGCCCCGCUCCCUCAGGGCCUCCGCCUCGCUCGAGCAGGAGGUCAAGGAAGUCGCCGCCUCCCCGGCUCCCUCCGCAGGGAAGAGUACUCAAGCAACUAGAAGGGAUGUGAGGAAUAUAGCAAUUGUUGCUCAUGUUGAUCAUGGGAAGACAACUUUGGUGGAUUCAAUGUUAAGGCAAGCCAAGGUUUUCCGGGAUAAUCAAGUUGUGCAGGAAAGAAUAAUGGAUUCCAAUGAUCUGGAAAGAGAAAGAGGAAUCACUAUUUUGAGCAAGAAUACAUCAAUAACCUAUAAGGGUACUAAAAUCAAUAUAAUUGAUACUCCUGGACAUUCAGAUUUCGGCGGGGAGGUUGAGCGUGUUCUCAACAUGGUUGAAGGAGUUCUUCUAGUGGUUGAUUCUGUAGAGGGGCCUAUGCCACAGACAAGGUUUGUUCUGAAGAAAGCUCUAGAAUUUGGACAUGCAGUUGUUGUAGUUGUAAACAAGAUUGACAGACCAGCUGCUCGUCCUGAGUUUGUGGUGAAUUCAACAUUUGAACUAUUUAUUGAGUUAAAUGCAACUGAUGAACAGUGUGAUUUCCAAACAGUCUAUGCAAGUGGAAUUAAAGGAAAGGCUGGGUUAGAUCCAGAAAAUUUGGCUGAUGACCUAGGACCCCUUUUUGAGGCUAUUCUAAGAUGCAUCCCAGAGCCACGCAUUGAGAAAGAUGGUGCCCUGCAAAUGCUUGUAUCUAAUACUGAAUACGAUGAGCACAAAGGAAGGAUAGCAAUUGGACGGUUGCAUGCAGGGGAACUUCAGCGUGGCUUGGAAGUCAAGGUUUGUACACCUGAUGAUGCUUGCAGGGUCGGCAAAAUAAGUGAGCUUUUUGUUUAUCAGAACUUCAGCCGUGUUCCAGUUGAAUCUGUUGGUGCCGGUGACAUUUGUGCUGUAUGUGGAAUGAAUGAUAUCAUGAUUGGGGAAACUAUUGCUGAUAAAGUUACAGGAACACCAUUGCCCACUAUCAAAGUGGAGGAGCCAACAGUCAGAAUGUCUUUCUCCAUCAAUACAUCACCUUUUGUUGGAAAGGAGGGGAAAUAUGUUACUAGCCGAAAUCUCCGUGACAGGUUAUAUCGUGAGCUUGAAAGGAAUUUGGCUAUGAAAGUAGAAGAUGGGGAGACUGCUGAUACAUUCCUUGUUAGUGGAAGAGGCACACUGCAUCUCACAAUAUUGAUAGAGAACAUGCGGAGAGAAGGAUAUGAAUUUAUGAUUGGACCUCCAAAGGUCAUAAACAAGACAGUGGAUGGAAAACAACUAGAACCUUAUGAGAUAGCUGCUGUUGAGGUUCCAGAGGAGUACAUGGGUUCAGUUGUUGAGCUUUUGGGGAAAAGGCGUGGACAAAUGGUUAACAUGGAAGCUAGCGGGCCGGAGGGAACAACAUUGCUGAAAUACAAGAUUCCUACCAGAGGCCUCAUUGGACUUCGGAAUGCAAUUCUUACAGCUUCUCGUGGCAGAGCUAUACUUAACACAAUUUUUGACAGCUAUGGCCCAUGGGCUGGAGAUCUUAGCUCACGCGAUCAGGGAUCCUUGGUUGCGUUUGAAGAUGGAAGCACUACUUCUUACGCACUUCUUAAUGCGCAAGAAAGAGGUUUGCUGUUUGUCCAACCUGGCCAGGAUGUUUACAAAGGUCAAAUUGUUGGUAUCCAUCAGCGACCUGGUGAUUUAGCAAUUAAUGUGUGCAAGAAAAAGGCUGCUACAAAUGUUCGUUCCAACAAGGAAACUACAGUGGUUCUUGAUGAACCUUUAAGCUACAGUUUGGAUGACUGCAUAGAGUUUAUCCAAGAAGAUGAGCUAGUGGAGGUUACCCCUGCAAGCAUCCGCAUGUGCAAGAACCCAAAAAUUUCGAAGAGAAAGUAGCAUUACCGUAUCGAUACAUUCUGAAGGCAUCAGUUUCAGGUAGAAGCUGGCUUUUCCACUGCCAGGGCUGAUACGACGGCUACAUGGUGCCCCACACAAAUCUGUAACUAGGCAAUUUUGGUGGUCUACAGACUAAAGGCUUAAAGGUUGCCGGAUUCAGAUAUAGGGUUAUAUGCAACUUGGUGAUGAUUAAAGCAGCUGAUUAGUCUCUUUAUUCAUCAAUAGAGAGGCUGGAGUAGUAUUUUGGGCUGCAGAUAAGCUGUACAUGCUUUCUGCAGCAAUCUCAGCGGGUACAUGUAUGUCUGUAUGUAGGAGAUAUAGGUGUACUGUACAUGAUUCUUUCAGUCCUAGCAAGGACUGGAGCAAAGAUUUUGCAAUGCAAGACGUUUAUUGUAAGUUACAAGAAACAGAUGAAACACAUGCGAACUGGAGAUUCCAGCAUAAAAGAAUUGAACACUUUGAUAGAUUCA